CACUAUAUAUGGACCAGAAUCUCUCUCUCUCUCUCUCUCUCUCUCUUUCUUCAAUUGAUUGUGAUUCUCAUCUCCACGAUAAUAAAGGCUAGGGAAGGCAUUUAUUUUUUUCAGUACCACUCAAUGACUCCAUUCUCAAAUCCUAUUAUGAGUUGAACAACAACAACAACGUGAAUAGGAAAAAAAAAAAAAAAAAGAGACCCAAAUAUAUAUAUCGCCUGUCUGAAACAUGAAAAUUGUGAAGCAAAACGGAUGGGACAAGUUCCUCUAAGACAGCAAUCACUGGUAGUACUCCCGGUAAGUGCUGUUAAAAUGAGUCGGUGUGUUCCCAGUUGGGAUCUCGACGACAAUCCUGCCACUGCACGCCACUCCCUCCGUUCCAACUCCAAUUCUACUACCCCUGAUGUUCCCAUGUUAGACUAUGAAGUAGCAGAAUUAACAUGGGAAAAUGGCCAACUAACCAUGCACAGUUUAGGUCCGCCACGAGUGCCGGUCAAACUACUUAAUUCCACCUCUUCCCCUAAGUACACUUGGGAUAAGCCACGCGCUAGUGGCACUUUGGAGUCCAUAGUGAACCAGGCCACUCGCUUUCCAUAUCAUAAGGCUUCUCUUAAUGGCGGCGGCGAUGAGAUUGUACCCUGGUUGGACCACCACCGUGCUGCAGCCGCGGCAGCGGCGUCCUCAGCCACCAAGACCAUGGAUGCUUUGGUUCCUUGCUCGAACAGGUCCGAGGACCGGGCCACGCACGUGAUGGAAUCUAUACCAGGGCUUGGAGGCACUUGCGUGGUGGGAUGCUCCACUAAGUUGGGAUCCUGUAGUGGGGCAGCUGGUACCCAAGACGACGAGGUGAUCCUCACGGGGAAACCCGCACUGGCGGCGCGUGUUCGAGUAACACCAGAGUGGAGCAGAAAGGAACAAAGUGCAAGCGCCAGUGCCACGUUUGGAAGAGAUGGCCAGCACGUGACUGUUGAUACGUAUGAGAAAGAUUUGGGUGUGGGUUUCACUUCUACUUCCCUUGGUUCCCCUGAAAAUACAAGCUCUGCAAAACACUGUACCAAGGCUACCACUGCUGAUGAUCAUGACUCUGUCUGUCACAGUAGACCCCAGAGGGAGGCAGGUGAGGAAGCCAAGAAGAAGGAAACAAUGAAAUCUUCAGUUUCAACUAAAAGGAGCAGGGCUGCUGCUAUCCAUAACCAGUCUGAACGUAAAAGGAGAGAUAAGAUAAAUCAAAGGAUGAAAACGUUGCAGAAACUCGUACCCAAUUCUAGCAAGACCGACAAAGCUUCAAUGCUAGACGAAGUGAUUGAAUAUCUGAAACAACUACAAGCACAAGUUCAAAUAAUGAGUCGGUUUAACAUACCACCAAUGAUGUUGCCUAUGACAAUGCAACAGCAACUCCAAAUGUCAAUGAUGGCCCCAAUGGGGAUGGGAAUGGGGAUGCGGAUGGGGAUGGGGAUGGGCAUGGGUUUCAUGGACAUGAACCCCAUGGGCCGGCCAAACGUCAGCGGCAUCUCUCCUGUUCUGCCUAAUCCUUUCAUGACCAUGACUUCUUGGGAUGGCUCUGGUGACCGACUACAAGCUGCCUCAGCAGCUGUAAUGCCAGACCCCCUAUCCGCAUUCCUUGCGUGCCAAUCGCAGCCGAUGACCAUGGAUGCUUACAGUCGAAUGGCCGCCAUGUAUCAGCAGAUGCAACAACCUCCGGCUUCUGGUUCUAAGAGCUAAGCUUCUUGCCUUUACUGCUAGCUACGUUUUUGUAUGCAAAAACCUGAACUUGGGUUUUAAUUCUUACACUUGCAAAGGGUUUUGGUACGAUCUAGUUCUUGUAGUUAUUUAUAAUUUCUUGAUAAUUACAAAGCGUGUGGGUGGUAAGUUUGAUGCAAAAUUUUUUCUUUGGAUUUGUAAUAUCAUGGUUACUAUGAGCCAAGAGCUUCCAAUUUUUCCCUUUCCUCAACCUUGUAUUUAGUGUAAAAAAUUUCAUCUUUCGAAGUUUCCAUAUGUCAUAUGCUUAAUUGGAGCUAAACGAAGGUUGUUCAAUUCUGUGCAAAAACUUAGAAUCCUGUAAUAUUUUAGCAUUGAAAAUAAUGUAAUUAAGCAUGCAAGCCAGCAAUCAAAUCUUUUUGAAACAAGGCAUUCCAUUCUCAUCAUUGAUGACAUACAUAGUAGAAACGCAAAUUUGAUCAUGGGAUCGUCUGCUAACUGUAAUUUAAUGGUGGAUAUUCAAAACCAA